AUGUUUUUGAUUAGUUUGAUUCUCCUCAAAGAAGUAUUUGGAUGGAGAUUUUACAACUCAUCGGCACUUCGAUAGAUUGGUUUUGCAGAUUACUAAACAGAUUGUCCUGAAUUACAUACAUUUAUGCCAGGAAUGCAUCCACACAAAUGUGUAUGUAAUUAUUAGCUUUAUUAACAGCUUAUUCUCUGAUUUGCAAAGGUGUUACAGAAGUAUUAGUAAAAACUGAAGUAAAUGGAACUUAACAUGUAUGUCAUCCCAGAUUCUAACCAUGGGGAGCAGGGACUCCAACUCUAGAUAAUUAUAUAGUUCAUUGUGGAUUUGAAUAAGGCGUUUCACUUGUAAUAGAGUUGCUACCAGACGGAUAUUAUAAAUAUUAUUGCAGAUGUAAGUAUAAAUGACUAUUACUUUAGAUUUUACAGGUUUAAUACAAUAAAGAUGUUUGAUAACAACCUAUCAGCAAGGUGUAUUUCGAUGUUAUAUUUGUAAACGACCAUAUAUUGGAUCUGGUUUUGAUUGUGAUUAAAUUGAAAAGGGAUACGAUCAAAGAUAUAUAAGUCCCAAUGAAAGAAGUAUAACAAUAUAUUUAUUAAAGAAUGCUAUGGAAAUUGUUUGGAAUGCUUUGAAUUAUCUGUGUGUAAGUGUAGAAAUGGGUAUUCUAUGGAAGGUCAAAAUGAUGGACUUUGUAGUUAAUGUAUUUUAUUACAAAUUAUAUUUAUAUGAAUAGAUUGUUAUGGUCAUGCUUCUUGUAGUAAACUAGAAGAUAAUACAUUAAUACUUUCAGGAGUUUGCAUACCUGGGUUUAGAACUGACCCACGAUAAUGUCUUCGUAAUUAUAUUUGUAUAGGUAUUUUUAGAUAUUGAACCUUGUCUAUCCGCUGGCCAAUCCACUAUCUCCGAAUACAGUUGUACUAGUUGCAUGUAAGGAUACUUAAUAUAGUUGGCAUAUUCAAGUGACUAUCGUUGCUUUUAAAUGGAUUGGAAUUGCGACCCCUCAAGAUAAUCAAUGAAACUUAAUAACAUCAUUGACAACUAAUACUAAUAUUAUACAACAUGUACUUUAUGCGAUCUAGGAUAUUUUUAUUCGAUUACUGAAAAAUAAUGCAUCAGUAAUAUUGUUUUUUUAAAGUAUUUAGAAAUUCCUUAUAAAUUUCCUUGUGUCUUGUUAGACCCUCAAAGAAUAAAUUGUAUCGGAUGUUAUCAUACUUAUGCGUUAUAACCGGAUGGCACAUGCAAAGAAAGAUUAUGUGAUUCCAAAUGUUCCACCUGUUUGGAUACUAAUCCUAGCUUUUGUACUACUUGUGACAGCAAAAAAAAUUUAAUACUUGAUAAUGGUAUCUGCAAAUGCAAACAAUUGUAUGGUUUGUUAUAUGGAACUUGCACACUUUGCGCAGAUAGUUAUUGUUAUGAGUGUGAACAUGAUGAUUUUUAUUAAUGUACUUCAUGUAAACUAGGAUCAAAUAGAAUACUAAUAAAUAAACAAUGCAUUUGUAAACCACUAACAUAUGACCCUGAAAAUGAUGAUUAAAUUUGCAUUUGUAAAUUUUUUAUUGAUUUAUAGCUUGUGAUAAAUCUUGUUAAACUUGCUUUGGUCCAUUAAUUUAAGAAUGUAUUGAUUGUGUAGAAGAAAAUAUUUCAAACAGAAUUUAAAUUGGAAAUGUUUGUCAAUGUAAAACUGGAUAUUCUGAAUAUGAAGUUAAGGAAUAAACCUGUGGAAGUAUUAAUUUUAAUUAAUUUAAGAAUGCCAUGCAAAAUGCAUAACAUGUUUCUAACCCGCUGACGGAUCUGAAAAUCAAUACUGUCUUACUUGUAUACCUGGAUAAAAUCGUGUUGUUUCAGAAUCUUUUAAGUGUGAUUGUGAAGUUAAUUACAGUGAUUUUGGGGGAACUUUAGAAGUUUGUGCAGGUACAUUAAUAAAUUAUAAAUAGUUUGUCAUUACACAUGCGGAAAUUGUUAUGGUUUAGAAGCAACAAAUUGUUCAGAAUGUUCUUAAAGUUCUUAUCGAGAAUUAACACCAUCAGGAGAAUGUUUAUGCAAAUAACCAUAUUAUGAUGAUAAUAAGGAUAACAUAAUAUGUUAAAGUAUUCAGUUAAUUUUGAUUUAUAGAGUGUCAUCAUUCUUGUUUAACUUGUGCAAAUAGCACUGAUAUAGAUGCAUGUUUAGAAUGUCCUUCUAGUAGAACAGCUAAAUCAUCAGGUAGUUACUUCGAAUGUAUUUGUACUUAUUCAAAUACAUUUGAUGAUGGAUUUUCAUAAUAAUGUCAAUUAUGUGAUUUAUCCUGUCAAACAUGUUAUGGUCCAUUUUCAUCUAAUUGUCUAACAUGUGAUAUAAAUUAUAGAUAACUGGAAUUAUCAUAUUGUGUAUGUCCAAUAAAUUAUUAUGAUAUUGGAUAAUUAGAAUGUGCAGGUAGUAUUUAUUCAUUAUUAAAAGAAUGUCAUUAUUCUUGUCACAGAUGUUCCGAUAAUAAUGCAGAAAGUUGUAUUAUGUGUUCUUUUGACCUUAAUCUUAGAGUUUUGAAAGGCAAUACUUGUAAAUGUGUAGAUGGAUAUUAUGAGGAAGAGGGAAUUGCUUAAUGUUAAAGUAAUUAUUAAAAUUAUUAAAAAAUUUAUUAGAAUGUUCUUAUAAAUGUGAGACAUGUGACAUUCAACCGGAUAAAUGUCUGAGUUGUCCAUUAAAUUCAAUGCGUAGGCUUGAUCCAAUUAAAGGAUGUAAUUGUCCAGAAGAAUACUUUGAUAAAGAAAAUGAGAUAACUUGUCUAAGUAAUAUAAAUAUAAAUUAAAGAAUGCCAUUUCAAAUGUCAAACCUGUAAAGGAAUUGAGCAGAAUGAAUGUCUCUCCUGCAAUUCUAUUUAACAUAGAGAACUUAAAAAUAGUUUAUGUUAAUGCUAACCAAAUUUUUUUGAAAUGGAAGUUUAAGAAUGUGCAAGUAACCAUUAGAUCUAAAAUAGCUUGUAGCCCAUUAUGUUAUGAAUGUAUUAACAAUUCUAAUAAUUGUACUUCAUGCAAUGAUGAUAGAUACUUAGAUGGAAAUACAUGCAAAUGUAAAACUAGAUUACAUGGAGCAGCAAUUAGUAAAUUUGAUUUUAAUGGAAUAUGCUAGAGUAUUUUAUUAAAUAACAAUUAGAAUGCCAUUAUUCAUGUGGUAUAUGCAUGGAAAUGGAUGAAGGAAAUUGUAUUUCUUGUAUGGAUACUGAUAACAGAUUCUAAGUAGGAAAUACUUGUGUUUGUAAAGAAGGAUACUUUGAUGCAGGAUUGCCGACUUGUUAAAGUAAAAAAUGGUUCUUAUAAUAGAAUGCAGUUAUAAAUGUAAAGAAUGUCAAAAGUAAUCUGAAAGAUGUAUUUCUUGCCAGGAUAACAGUUUGAGAUUAUUAGUUUCAGGUUUUAAUAGAUGUCAAUGUAUUCAAGGAUAUUAUGAUGAUGGAUAGAAUGAGGUUUGCUAAAGUAAAUAUGAUUUCUAAUUAUUUAAGAAUGCCAUUUUUCAUGUCUCAAAUGUAAUGAUAUUGAAACAAGAUGUGAAAUAUGCUCAAUUCAAUCAAAUAGAAUGUAUAAUGAUCUGCUUUUUACAUGCGAAUGUAAUAUUGGAUAUUAUGAUAUUGGAGUUGAAAAUUGUUAAAAAUGCCACUAUUCAUGUUUAAGUUGUAAUUCUGGAGAUGCAAAUUCGUGUAUUUCUUGUAUAGAUGUGAAUACUACUAAAAGAGUAUAUAAUAAUAAUGCAUGUAAAUGUUUAUUUGGAUAUUUUGAUGAUGGUUCAUCAAUAUCAUGUAAAAAAUGUGAUAUUUAAUGUUUAAAUUGUAUUGGAUAAUCUUAUUAAUGCUUAUCAUGUCCUUAGACAAGGAAAAUAGAAAUAAAUUGUAAAUGCUAAUAGGGAUAUUACGAUAUUGGCUUAUAACUUUGUUCAAAAUGUAAUUCAAAAUGCCUGACAUGUGAAAUCAUCUCAAAUAAUUGCACAUCAUGUGAUCCUAAUUAAUUCAGAGAAAUUAACAUAAUAAAUAAAACCUGUGAUUGCUAAAUAGGUUAUAUUGAGAUAGAUGGAAUCUGUUAAUAAUGUCAUUCAAGUUGUAAGACAUGCUCUUAAUCCAUAAAUUAAUGUUCUUCUUGUAUUUAAUUUAAACACCUAAAAAUAAAUGAUUGUAUUUGUAAUGAUGGAAUGUAUGAAUCAAGUAGUGAUAAAUCAUGUAAAUUAUGUGAUAAGACUUGCUUAACUUGUGCCAAUACUAAUACUUAUUGUUUAACAUGCUCUAUUGAUAAUUUUAGACAAUUUAAAUAUGGGAAUACUUGUGAAUGUAUACAAGGAUAUUAUGAAAAUCCAAUAAAUUAGAAUUGUGAACAAUGUAUGAGUUCCUGCUUGACUUGUUCCUUAGUAUAUGAUAAUUGCUUAACUUGUGAUAAUAAUCUUAAUUUAUCUUUGAUCAACAAUAAAUGUUUGUGCUCACAAUCUUAUUUCUUUGAUUCUGUAAGUCAUUCAUGUUAAUGUAAUAAAUCAUAUAUAUUUAUAUAUAGAAUGUAAUAUCACUUGCUUAGAAUGUCAAAAUAGUAAUGAAUGUACGUAAUGUAGAUUGUCAACUAGACAUUUAGAAGUAGAUUUAAAUAAAUGUUUAUGCAAUGAUGGAUAUUUUGAAACAAAUUAAUAACAUUGCUAAUGUAAUAUAGAGUUAAAUAUUCCUUAGAAUGUCAUUUUUCAUGUAAUACUUGUGAAAAUAUCAAUACUAAUUGUUUAACUUGUAUGAGUUAAUAUCAUAGAAUAUUAAUAAAUAAUAAGUGUUUGUGUCUCGAUGGCUAUUAUGAAGCUGGCAUCGAAUUGUGUUUUAAAUGCAAUAAUCUUUGUAAAACAUGUCAAUCUUCUGCUUCAUUAUGUUUAUCUUGUUAUGAUAUUGAACAUAACAGAUAUCAUUAAGGAGACAAAUGUUUAUGUAAACCCGGGUAUUAUGAAUAAAACACAUAGAUAUGUUCAAGUAUCAAAAUUAAAUCAUAAAAUAGAAUGCUCAAAUGAAUGUUUAACCUGUUAAGGCUCAGCGGAUUAUUGUACAAGCUGUGAUACUAAUUCUAAAAGAGUUGACCAAUCAAUUUUACAUAAAUGUCCUUGUAUUAUUGGAUUUUAUCAAGAUCAAAAUUUUAUUUGUUAAAGUAAAUUUCAAAACUAUUAUUAGAAUGUCAUAUUAAAUGUUAAACCUGCAUCAAUUCGAGUGAUUAGUGUUUAAGUUGUAAAAUAUAAUAAAAUUCAAAUCGUAAAUCUUUAUCUGAUUAAUGUAAUUGCAAAGAUGGUUAUUUUGAUGAUGGAACAUAAAUUGAAUGUUAAAAAUGUAAUUAGCAAUGCAAAACUUGUGAAAUUAACAAAAAUAAUUGUUUAAUUUGCUAAAAUUCAAUAAGAAUUAAUCCACCUACAUGUAAUUGUACUGAUGGGUAUUAUGAAGAUAAGUAACUUAAUUGUUAAAGUAAAUUUAUAUCUUAAAAUAAAGUUUGUGCUUCUAAAUGCAAUACAUGCUCAUAGGAAUCCUCAAAUUGUUUGACUUGCAAGCCAGGUAGAAUUGAUAAAGAUUGCAAAUGUAUUGAUGGAUAUUUUGAAUCUGGAUAAACCUAAUGUUAAUGUAUUGAAUUAUUAAAUGUUAAUAGAAUGUGCAUUUUAAUGUACUACUUGUGUUUAAGAUCCUUUGAAUUGCUCAACUUGUAAAGGUAAUAGAUUUUAAGAACCAUUAUGCAUAUGUUAAUCUGGAUAUUAUGACGAUCAAAUAAAUGAAGAUUGCUAAAUAUGUGAUAGCACUUGUUUAGAAUGCAAUAUCAACGGAUGCUUGUCUUGCUUUGCUAAUAGAGAACUUAAUGAAGAAAUGAGUUGUAUUCCUCCACCAAACUCGAUUUGGUAUGAUAAUACUCCUUGGUGUUCAAGUAAAUUAUUCCAAAAUAUUAUUAUUAGCUUGUCAAGUUGCAGUAAUCAAUUCAUAUUUAUCAGAUGACCUUAGUAAGAUUAUUAUCCAUUUUGAUUUCCCUUUGAAUCCUAAGAGCUUCGAUUCUUAAAUAUAACUUAAUAGAUGCUCGUAAUUGUUUGAAUUAGUAUCUGUACAAAGUUUUGGUUAAAAUUCAAUUUGUAUCCUUAACCCUGAGGAUAAUAAGGAAUUAUUAAUAUAUCUAGGAGAAGACUCUAAAAUAAAUAUUGGUGAAGCAAUCUUAUUUAAAGAUAAUUCAUUAUCUCAUAUAAAUUGUGAAACUACUUUAAAAACGUUUAUCUUUGCAACAUUAUAAUAACCAAAAAAUCCAUUACCUCCAAAAAUAUAUUAUCGUGUACCCCUUCAUAAACUCAAUCCUUAUGCUGAAAAUUAAGUAUAUUUAAAAUCAAUUAUAAACAAUGGAAAUAGAAAGUUAGUAAACAUUAAUUGGAGUUGUUAAAUUGAAUCUGACGAAUCUAGCUCUAUGCUUAAUUAAUUCUUAGAUCAACUUAACUUUCUUCAAGAAUAAAAUUUAAUAAUACCAAAGCUUACUUUACCUAGUAAUGCAGUAUUAAAAUUUAGGAUUUAAUAUUACAAUUUCAUCCUUAUUUAAUCUUAUUCUGAAUUUACAAUAUACACUCAUGCAGGAGAUGUACCAUAAAUUAAUUUAGAUGUGAAACCCUCAUAUUUUGUUUAUGAAACAAUUAAAAUUGGUGUUUCUGUUGGCACUUUAGUUUAAUCAAUUUCAAAUGAUUCUUCUAGAUAUUAGAUUUAACUAAUUGAAAUUGAUAGAUAUCCUUAAUAGUCAUCUUCAUCAGAUUUGAAUACUACUAUUGAUUCCAAUUCCUUUGAAAUGGUCUAUACUACUAUUCCAAGAUAUACUUUAAGCAACAAUUCAACAUAUACAUUUUAAGUCACUGCAAUUAAUUUAAAUUCUAAUAAAUCUGAAAAUUUAAAUUUUACUUUUGAAACUAAAAUGGCUGGAUUAUUUUGUUAGUUCAACAACCAAGGAAUUUAGAAUAUUAGAAGAGAUUUAAAUCUCGAAAUAUAUUGUGAAGAUUUUGAUUCAACAUAUGAUAGGUAAAGUGAUCCAGAUAUAAAUAUUGAAGUGGCUUGUAAAGAUUUAUCAUUUAAUACUUAAUGCAAAAAUGAAUAAAAAUAAAUAAUAAAUGUUAAUCAAACUGAUUCUUUUCAAUUCAUUAAAAAGAAUUCGAUAUCCACCUUUACUGUCUAAGAAUGGACAGUAACGGCUAAAAAAUUUCAAUAAAUAUCUAAAUUUGCUUUAAUUAUUGUUUAUCUUGAAGAUGAUUUCCCUCAAUUAGAAUUAUAAUUUAAUAAGGGUUAUUUAAUGAGAAAAAUUAAUAAUUAUGAAUUACUUAAUUUUACCUAUUUAAUUCCUUUUGAGAAAAAAAUUGAUUUACUAGAUCUAUCAAUUACAAUUAUUUAUGACUAUUAGAUAAUAGAAAUACUUCAGCCAAAAUUCAUUUCCCAUCAAUUCAAGAUAUUUAAUAGCAUUUAAGAAUUAAAUCUUGGUGACCAAAUUAAUCUUAAAUUUGCCGCUUAGUAUAAUAAUAAUAUCAUGCCAAGCUUAAAAAAUAUAUAAUUCUCUAUUAAUUAACCUGCUAAAUGUUCUAAAUUACAUAUUAAUCGGUAAAGUGACUUUGCACUUACUGAUUUUUUAGUUGUUACAACUUGUGAAUUAUCAAAUGAUUCCCCUUAUUAAUAUUAGCUUAAGUAAUUUUUGAGAGAAUCUGAUUUAACAGAUUUUUUAAAAGGAAUAUCAGAUAAUUCCUUAAUUUUGUAUCCAUUUUAAACUUAAAAUUAAUUCUCAAUUUAAGCCCCUACUUCUAUUGACUCUUCAAAAAUUGGAAUUUUAGUAUAAGUUCUUGAUAAUGGGGGAUCAAUUACUAAUACUUUUGAAAAGAUUACUAUGAAAUAAGCAAAAAUUAAUUGUUCAUCAAUUCAAUUUUAAAAUUUAACUUUAUAAAAUAAAAUAACUCUGCUAUUUGAAGCAAUGAAUUAAAAAUGUGAUGAACUACAUUAAUAAAUUUAUCUAGAUUUGACUUAAUCUUAAAUUUUGUCUGAUAAGAAUGAGAAUAUCCUAAAAUUUUAAGCUAUAAAAUUAUAUAGAUAGUUCUUAAUCUUUUCAAAAGAAAGUAAACCUAAAAAUCGAUUAUUGAAUGAAGAAACUCCAAAAAAAUGUUUAGAUUUAAACUCAAACCAUUUAUUUAUUACCUAAAAUUCAACUUAACCUGUAGUAAAUUUAACAAAAAAGAUAGAAAAUAUGAAAGAGAAUGCAUAAAAUUUUAAUACAAUUUUAAAGUAUUUUAGUAAAAUAAAAAAACAAUGCGAAGAGGAGCUAGAACUAAAUUUAUAUAUUUGGAAUGAAUAAAUCUUUUAAUAAUAUUAAGACUCAUAAGAUUGCUUAAGAAGUUUAAUAUACUAUCUUGAUGAUAUCUAUUCUGAUUUUUCAUAAAUAAAUAUAAAAAAUGAAACUAUAGAUCAAAUUAUUGUUGAAUUGUUAAGGGUUUUUGAUACGAUUGCAGAGGAAAUCCAAAAUUCUAUUAUAGUAAAUGAAAAGCCAUUAGUUAUUGAUGGAAUUGAAAUUAUUUGGAAAAUCAAAAGAAGAACAAAAUCAUUAUUCAAUAAAUAAUUUAAUAUUCAAUAAA